AUGUCAAUUGCAAUGUCAGGUCUGAGCAAUCUGGUUGUUGGAACCUUUGGUCAUAGAGAGUCAAAUUUUAUGUCUGAGUUAGACGCACAAAUUCCUACUGCCUUUGAUCCUUUUGCUGAGGCAAAUUCUGAUGACUCGGGUGCUGGGUCAAAGGAGUAUGUGCAUAUUCGCGUACAGCAGCGAAAUGGUAGAAAAAGCCUGACAACUGUUCAGGGAUUGAAAAAAGAAUUCAGCUAUAACAAGAUACUUAAAGACGUUAAGAAAGAAUUCUGUUGCAAUGGCACAGUUGUUCAGGACCCAGAACUAGGACAGGUUAUUCAACUUCAAGGUGAUCAGCGGAAGAAUGUCUCUGCCUUCCUAGUCCAGGCUGGUAUCGUGAAGAAGGAGCAUAUCAAGAUUCAUGAUGUUUUACCAUGUGAUGUGGGUUAUGGUUAUGGUUAUGGAUUUUCGAACAUUUUGUGUUAUUUGCUUUCAAGACAUAUAUGA